AAAUACGGAGCCUUCCACGAGGAAGCUGAGCUGGUGUGUAAUGAUAGGGCAGCAGCGGCGGCUGCAGCUAACUGACUGCCCCUGGAGCCGGUGCCACACAGGUGCUCCGAGGAGCAAGAGGAGUAAUUAUAGAGCCAGCGAAGGCUGAAACACACCUCUGAGUUUUCACCUGUGGACACAAUAGUGUAGAGAGCCAGUCGGUGAUAGCAAAGGGGAAGUCAAGACCGAACAGUGAUCAGUCACCUUUAGAGAAACAAAUUGAAAGAGUUUUUUUGUUUUGUUUUUCCCCUCUGUUUUCUUUUUCGUCCCCCUCCUCUGGUGUGACACUGCCAUGGUCAGAAAGCCAGUUGUGGCCACCAUCUCCAAAGGAGGUUACCUGCAGGGCAAUAUGAGCGGGAGGCUGCCCUCCAUGGGGGACCAAGAGCCACCUGGGCAGGAGAAGGUAGUUCUGAAAAAGAAGAUAACUUUGCUGAGGGGGGUCUCCAUCAUCAUCGGCACCGUCAUCGGAUCAGGCAUCUUCAUCUCCCCCAAGGGCAUACUCCAGAACACGGGCAGCGUGGGCAUGUCCCUGGUUUUCUGGGCUGCCUGUGGAGUACUGUCACUUUUUGGAGCCCUGUCCUAUGCAGAACUGGGUACAAGCAUAAAGAAAUCUGGUGGUCAUUACACAUACAUUCUGGAGGUCUUUGGUCCUUUGCUGGCUUUUGUUCGAGUCUGGGUGGAACUGCUUGUAAUACGCCCCGGAGCUACUGCUGUGAUUUCCCUGGCAUUUGGACGCUACAUCCUGGAACCAUUUUUUAUUCAAUGUGAAAUUCCUGAACUUGCAAUCAAGCUCGUAACAGCUGUGGGGAUCACUGUGGUGAUGGUCCUAAAUAGCACAAGUGUCAGCUGGAGUGCCCGGAUCCAGAUUUUCCUAACCUUUUGCAAGCUCACAGCAAUUCUGAUAAUUAUAGUCCCUGGAGUUAUACAGCUAAUUAAAGGGCAAACACAUCACUUUAAAGAUGCAUUUUCAGGAAGAGAUACAAGUCUAAUGGGGUUGCCAUUGGCUUUUUAUUAUGGGAUGUAUGCAUAUGCUGGCUGGUUUUACCUCAACUUCAUUACUGAGGAAGUAGACAACCCUGAAAAAACCAUCCCCCUUGCCAUCUGCAUCUCCAUGGCUAUCAUCACGGUGGGCUACGUACUGACGAACGUGGCCUAUUUUACAACCAUCAGUGCAGAGGAGCUGCUGCAGUCCAGCGCUGUGGCGGUGACCUUCUCUGAGCGGCUGCUGGGAAAAUUCUCAUUAGCAGUCCCGAUCUUUGUUGCCCUCUCCUGCUUCGGCUCCAUGAACGGUGGUGUGUUCGCUGUCUCCAGGUUAUUCUACGUUGCAUCCCGAGAAGGGCACCUUCCGGAAAUCCUCUCUAUGAUUCAUGUCCACAAGCACACUCCUCUGCCAGCUGUUAUUGUUUUGCAUCCUCUGACCAUGGUCAUGCUCUUCUCUGGAGACCUCUACAGUCUUCUGAAUUUCCUCAGUUUUGCCAGGUGGCUUUUUAUGGGGCUGGCAGUCGCCGGGCUGAUUUAUCUUCGAUACAAACGCCCAGAUAUGCAUCGUCCUUUCAAGGUGCCUCUCUUCAUCCCGGCACUCUUUUCCUUCACCUGCCUCUUCAUGGUUGUGCUCUCUCUUUACUCGGACCCAUUCAGCACCGGGGUCGGCUUCCUUAUCACCUUGACUGGGGUCCCUGCCUAUUAUCUCUUCAUUGUAUGGGACAAGAAACCCAAGUGGUUCAGACGAUUAUCUGACAGAAUAACCAGAACAUUACAGAUUAUACUAGAAGUUGUACCAGAAGACUCUAAAGAAUUAUGAACUUAAUGCAUCAAAAGCUUGGCCAUCUGCCCAGGACUGAGAUACAAAAUGGAUUUUUAUUUCAAGAAAACACAACGUUGAUGAUGGACUAAAGAAAUCAGUUAUCUCUAUUCAUAUCCUCUAGCGUAUUCAAAUUAAUUUCUGAGCAACUUACUGGUAACUCCAUGUAUUUGUAGCAAGCUAAUAUGCAAGUCACACAGUGAGGCAAGCUCACAGUUUUUGAGUCUAGUGCCUGUCUGCUGGGGGGAAAGGAAAAAUCCUAAGGGCUUUGGCACCUGGUCUAUCAUUCCUCUACCACAUUUCUUCUCAUGACUGAGAACCUUGAAUUGAAGACCAAAAUGGUUUGUGUAUAUAUGAGGUCUGUAAACAUAGCUUUACCUACUGGGGA